CUCGCAGCAUCUCAUCUCUCUUCUUCAUCUUCUUCGUCUGUAUACAUCCUCCCUCUCCUCCCCUCCCUCCCCGUCUCGCCAUGCCCGCCCGUGGCACCACAUCCACCUACCACCCCCACACCGUCACCAUCCACGAGUACUACGAGACAGCCCAUGUCUCGUCAGCCCGCCAUGUCUCGCCCUCUGCCGUCGCCUCAUCCUCCACCAGUCGCGCCAUACACUCCUCCGCACACGCUGCCACCAGCACCCACAACGACGAGGCUGCCUACACUGGCGCCGCGUCCUCGGCCACAGACUAUGGCUCUACAACCUCUGCCUCGAUCGACGGCAGCAUAGCCAACUCGACCGUCACUUCUGUUACCACCACUUCCACCUCAUCCACCCGGCGUCCACCCCUGACCAUCGGUGCUGCAGUAGCCAUCGCCGUCGUCUCCUCCCUCGUAGUCGUCGGCUCCAUCAUCCUUAUCGUCAUGUACGUCCGCCGUCGACGCAGGAUGAACAAGAUGCCGGGCAACGUCGCGGUCCCGAAGCGCAAAAAGGAAAAGGGCGGAGGCAGGCCGUUGGAGAGGAUCGAGACGCCAGUACCAAAGGCUGUCGCGCAGCUGCGGUCCGAGAGGAGCUUGCUGCCACAGCCGUCGCCCCCUCGCAUGUCCCAGCGCGAAACGACCGGGGUCGUCCUCCCCACCCAUCCUCGGCCCGCAGCAGCAUACCCGAACCCUUCGUACCAAUCUCCCUUCCUCGACCCACCUCGGUCUUCUCUCACGCCUGCCACGUCGCGUCACAGGCCCGAGUCGACGUACACUGACGACUCGGAGUUUGACAUGCUCGCUCAAGACGGCUCGUCUUACGCGCGUACCUUGUCCACUUAUAGUGAGGGCGUCAACUCUGAAUACUCGGAGAGGGAUCUGGGCACUUUUGUUCCCAUGACUUCCACCAGCGCCCACGGGCACUUUUCCGAUACGAUCACCAUGUCUGCCCGGCCCACACUGGCGGUAGACACCAAGAGCGCGUCCGGUCCUUCUGACGAGGGUACCUGGACAUAUACUGCCGUCGACUCGUCUUCUGCUGGCGGUUCCGGACCAGGCUCAGGCUCAGGCUCGAGCGGGUGGAACCCUCUCCUGACGGCCACCACCCCAUACUCCUCCACCACGCGUACCCUCGUUUCUCCUUUCGCCGACCCUCCAUCCCUUCCGCAGCCCAACACCGGCUCCGGCUCAUUCAUGGGUCCAUACCUCAGCCACCCCUCGCCUUCUGUCGUUUCUGACCGCUCAUGGCGAACGGAAGAUGACGCUCUUCUGAUAGCUCGAGGUGCGGCUCUGGAUCGGGAGAGGUCGGUGAGAGAGGGUGGGCUGAGGAGAGGUACGACGAUCGUCAGGCAUCUUGAUGGCGGGUCCGUACCGGGGAGAGAAGAGGAAGCUCGGGAUGAUGAAGAGGUGCAUCUGCCUCCUGCUUAUGGAGAGCUGUAUCCCCAUUAAGGGGUGAGAACGGGGUGGGAAAGAAAGGCCCGUGGCCUCGCCAAAAAAAAAUCGUGUAUUCACUCGUUAUAGAGAUAGACGUUCAUUCUUGUUGUUUUGUUUUCGGGAGACAUCCUCCCAUAGUGGUCCGACGGAGAAAAAAGAGAAGGGGGAGUGUGGCCGACUUCUUACGCAGAGCGAUAGUCAAGUCGAGAGGGAUAGAGGAGAAAAGAGCUGGUGCUCUUUUAUGUUACGCUACCAUACAAGUAGUUUUAUAUUAUAGACACGUCAAAUCAGUACUCGUGUGGUAUACCAUGUACCUUUGCGUUGAGUUGAG